AUGAUGAAUAUGUUUUCAAAUUUCGUCGCACUGCUCUUAUUCGUUAACAUCAACAUUCUAAACGCUGCUGAUAAAAUUCUGAUGGAUAAAAUCUGCGGUAGUGAUGCCAUUGUUCUCGAUGGUAAUAUAAAGCCUGGUUUAACAUUUCAAUUGUCCAAUAUCAAUAAGUUUCAACCAAAUUUCAGCUGUUCGAUCAAAUUUCGUACAGCUCAGCCAACACAACGAUUGGUUAUUGUCGUUGAACAAAUGAAUAUUGCUGAUUGCCCAGGUGAUACAUUGCAGAUUCUUGAUGGUUCGACAUUGCUCAAUAAAGAUAUCAAACAACAGUGUGGUGCACCUGCAACGUUUACAUUCACCACCGCGAAUACACUUGCAACGUUUACGUUCAAAACUGGUAAAACAACAAAAACAGCCAGUUUUCAAGUUGCCAUUGCCCUUCAUUUCACUACCAUUCCCGGAUGUCCUCAAAGUCUUAACGUUUUUCUCUGCAAAAACAAAAACUGUAUUUCGAAAUCGCUGGCAUGCAAUAAGCACAAUCAUUGUGGUGAUAAUACUGACGAAUUGAAUUGCAGUGUCAUCGGCAAAAAAUAA